UCGCCACACCCACUGGCAGCUUCUGUCCGCGUGGGCUCUGACAUGCCGCAAAGAGGAUCUGUGGGUUUUCAACGUUUUUUAAAAAUAAUUUUAUAAACAUUUGUUUUAUUUUGACCGACGGUUUCCAUCGAUUUUAUUGGCCACAGAGUUUAGAAAAAAGGUUCCGCGAAGAUGUUGCAGGCUUGUUCUCCACCGCACGACUGGCUCUGCGACUCCGAGCCACUGCUGUUUGAUGACGAGUUUUGCCUGAGUCUCAUGAAGGACUUGCAGUCCAUCCCCACGCCGCCUCAGUCCCCUCCGAUGAAAGCCGGGCUUGCAAAGAAUUUAUCCACGGUGGAUCAGCUGGAGUUAGUAUCUGAACUUUUAAUAGAAGACAGCGACUUUCUCCAACUGGACUGGAACUUUACCGGCAGCGCUUCAGCAGCGGAUUCGGAUCCACUCUCGGAAGACUGCCUGUGGCAAAGCGACAAACCGAACGAGGAUAAACUCUCCGCGGUGCUCUCCACAAGUCCCUUGCUCUCCGAUAUUGACACUGAGAUUUUUGCCGAAAUCGUCGGCUCUACGCUGGACUGCCACAGUGUGGCGCUAGCUUGUCAGGCUCUGGAGAGCGAGGAUUUACCGCUGGACAGCCAGGAGCAGAUCGAGUCCACGUCUGAUUAUGGCUCACUGUCCACUGAAGGAGAAUCAUCCACAAGCGAUUCUGAGGAGGAGAUUGACGUUGUGACUGUCCGGCGGUCGAACACGCAAACGCGUUCGCAGCACCAGCAGCAGCUGGAGGACAGUCGGCGCGAGCAGCAGCGUGCUUUGAAGCGCUGUCACUUUGAAAUCCAACAACAGCACAACUACGCCGCCCCAAGGCCCGCCUCUCCUCCGCCCCCUCCCUCGCCUCUCAAACGCUCCCGAGGGUCCGGAGACUCCCACCGAAGCGCUCAGAGUACGGGACGCUCUCGCAGUCUGGCCUCCCGACAGGGGGUGGACACUGAGGAUGAGGAAGAGAGACGGAGGACUCACAACGUGAUGGAGAGACAAAGGCGCAACGAGUUAAAGAACUGCUUCCUUAGGCUACGGGACAACGUCCCUGAACUGUCCAAUAACGACAAGGCAUCCAAGGUGGUGAUUUUAAAGCGGGCUAAAGAAAGCAUCAGAAAUCUGGAAGCAGACAACCAGAGACUAAAGCAGAAGAGAGAGAAACUUCGAGAACGACAAGAACGUCUGAAAGCCAGACUGGAGCAACUCAAGAGGUUGUGAGGGUCUGGGACUGAACAAUGCCAGUUUUGGUCACUAGGUAGUGGUCUGGGACCCUGCUGGUUUGAGGACCGUAAUGCUUGUGACUGACUGUAAAGACUAUGAUGUUUGAGAAGAUUUUCCCCAACCUUUAAGUUCCGUUUGGAAACAUGCAUGGUCAAUGCAAGAAACGUUCUCAGUGUUAUGACUUUAGAUUGUGUUAAAGUCAUUUAGUUCUUGAGUCUUAAUAUGAAACCGUUUUGUUUGCUGUAUAUUUGAUGAAUAAUCAGUUAAACGCAUAGUUAGCCUUAAAAGAAACACCCUAGCUGAUCCUCACACAUUCUACCUUUUUGUUCUUGGCAUAAACUUCUUGUUAUAUUUUGGGCUGGAUCCAAAGGAUGUAAAAAAAAAAAAAAGAGUUGAAUGUAAUUUGAGAUGAUUACGUUUUUAUAGACUAAUGUUUGCAUUUGUUGAUGUUCAGACUGGAAAGAUAAACUAUAUUGGAUUCAUGUUCAUGCAUAGCUCGUAUUGUUGAGGUCUGGAGUUAUGGAGCGUAUUCAUAUUUGAAUCACACGCUGUUUUGACUCCACGUGUCUUUACUUUGUCAGUUUUUGUAUGUUCCCUCCCAUUUCUCUGUUUAUCUACCUCUACCAGGAAGAAGCCGUCUAUUUUAUUGCCUUCAUAAUGGCAACUGUAUAGGUUUUUCUUCACUUUUUUUAUAAUGUAAAUACCACCUGUUAAUUAUGUAUUAUAAAUUAUUUAGGCUUUUUUUGGUUCCUUUGUAGGUUUUUUUUUUUU